GUGAUACAAAGAGGCUGUCUGUUCGAGCUUCUCAGUCGCGGCCGGUCUCAGCGUGGUUGGUGGUGGCUGUGCAGUGACCCUCGGAAGUCUGAUUCUGUUGUUAGAUCUUCUGGAAUUAAGCAGAUAUUGAUGCUACUCUCUCCGGCGUUUAGUUCUUAGAGUGGAGCCAUAAUAUCCAGAUACCUUAUGAUCCACCUGGAUUUGGUAUAAUCCAUCGCGCUCCGCCUUCUUUGAUAAAAGGCUGGGGAAAUGCUUUAUUAAGAAGAGACGGAUUUCUUCAGUGGAGAGGAUAAUUAAAAGGGCAGUGGAAGGUUGAUGUGUUGACACCAUGGGUGAAGGAAGAUGGGGGGGAGUGCGGGCCUCCCUCACCUCCCUCCUCCUCCUCCUCCUCCUCUUCCUCCUCCGCACUGCCGCUGUCUCCGCACAACGGCCAGAGGAAGGGCGCUUCUUCCGGUCGCUGUUCUCGCUGCCGGACCAGUGCGUGCACAAUGGGAUCCCGGCGUCGUGCACCUUCGUCCUCUCCUGCCUUCUGCGAGGAGACACCCCUGUGAACAAGUGUGGCGGCGGUUUCAUCUACACCUGCUGCGUCCCCACCGUGGCCACAGUCAGGUCGGACGCCGUGCGGCACAUCGGCCUCUUCAACAGGGACCCAGUGAUCAAUAGCGCAGUUGGUUGGCAUCGAUUACCCCUCCGCCGGCAGAAACCAUAUAUACCCCCACGAUCUUGGGGUCUUAACCGCCUUCCAGUUCGUGUGGGUCCAGGCUUAAGCUCGCCCAGACAUCAGUUCCAGGUGGCGCCUGUUGAGUCCAGACUUCAGCCUUCUGCUAGUUUUAAUGAACCAGAGUGUGGAAUUCAGAGAGUAUCUCAGUUUGCGAAAAGAAUUAUCGGAGGAAACGAAGCCAGGUUUGGCGAAUUCCCUUGGCAAGCGCACAUACGCAUCAUCGGCUACCAGUGCGGCGGGGUCCUCAUUAACCAUUUUUUCGUAGCCACAGCAGCACAUUGUGUUCAUAAGGCGAGGUUGAACCAGAUCACCGUCCACCUCGGGGAGUUCGACACCAAGGACACCGGCGAGUACCACGAGCCGCUGCCCAAGGAGACGUACUCCGUGAUCGAGAAGCGAAUCCAUCCCAACUUCAGAGUUGUAGUAUGUAAUUUAUAUUUUCGUUACGACAGGUACGACAUUGCAGUUCUGCGCCUGAACAGACCUGUCAUCUACCGGGACAACAUUCUGCCAAUCUGUCUGCCAGACCCGAGUGACGACUUCAUUGGCGACAUUGGCAUCGUCGCGGGCUGGGGCAAGACCGAUAACUCUUUCGGGAAAACAGGUACAAAUAUUCUACAAAAAGUGAUGGUUCCUAUUAUUAGUAAUGAUGAAUGUCUUCGCUGGCAUCAUCACAAAGGCAUAGAUGUCAAGUUAUAUCAAGAGAUGUUUUGUGCUGGGCACUCCGAGGGCAAGAUGGAUGCCUGUUUGGGAGAUUCAGGUGGACCGCUCGUCGUCCACCACAACGGGAGAUGGGUAUUAUCAGGUAUUACUUCGGCAGGCUUUGGUUGUGCCGUAGACCAUCAGCCAGGAAUUUACCACAAAGUGUCAGUCACAUCAGGCUGGCUGGCUGCAAAUGUCAGACCAUGACAAAAACUUUAGUAUUUGUAAAUAUAAUUUCAUGUUUUCAUUGGCAAUAUCUUUAAAUGACAUGCCAAAAAUGUGAAGAGUUGUGAUCAUUGUGCAUUCAUCGCAGCUGUCCUUAUGUUUUUUCUAAUUUUGUACUGUUAGGAUCAAUAUCUAAAUCAUAUUUCACUCAUCAAACAAUGCACCAUUCAAUUUUCCACAUUGCAUAUUUACUGCAAUACAAGAAAGUUAAUGCCUUGCACACACACACACACACACACACACACACACACACACACACACACACACACACACACACACACACACACACACACACACACACACCAUGUUUUUUUUUCCAAAAUUAUCAAUUUUUGCAAGCUAUAUACCUGGAUGCCGGUCCCUAUUGUGGCUGAGGCUCUUGCUGCUUUGGACUGAUGUCUCGAAAUCUGUGACUUUAUAUGGAUCAGCACAAUUAUCUCGAUAAUUCAGGUUAUAUGUAAGAUGCGAGAGUGAAAAGCAUAUAGUGUGAUAGAAAUUUUGAUUAUUUAGUUUGUGGGGAGAGCACUCGAGACUUCCCCCAGUUCGGUUCUCCUUUAACUGGCUCUAACUGAAAUGAUGUCUUGGCUGAGUUUAUAAGAAUAGUUUGGAGAGGAUAAUUUAUAUUUGCUCGUACAUGUUCUUUGUGAUGCUUUCAUACAUGAAUUUCAGUGUUAUUAAUUCAAUUUACAGGUUUCAACCUAGAAAAAUACCUCAUAUUUAAUUUCUUAAAAAAUCUAAUAUUCUAAAUCACUAUGCUUAUGCACUUUCUCCAGUUCAUAUAUAUCAAAAUGGUCACCGUGUGUGGUUUAAAUUUUUCAUUUUCCAAUUACAUUUACAAAUGUUUCAUACUUUGAAAUUCUGCUCACCUUGUCCGUCAAUCACUAACGUACUUUUAGUUUGAAGAUUACAACGUUUCAUAAUGCCACCUCUGACUACUGGUACAUAAACUUGCAAGGUUUUAUGCCUUUUGCCUCUGACUUCAGACUCAGCCAUUUGAUUACUUUCAUCACGAGCCAAUAAAUGUCAAAGAAGGUUCAUUAGUUCUCCAAACUUUUCACCUUGACAUAAAUAUACAUGCGGAAAUGCAUGUGUAAAUAAUGUCUCGGUACAUCUUUACAUAACUAUGCCAUACUGAAUCCUUUGUCAGUCAGUCCAGUUAAAAAAUACUUUUUUUCCAUAAAUCAGUUUCGGGUUUCCAUUCAUCUCGGUUUUACACGGAUUCCCAACUACCUAAUAUGUAAGAGUCGCAGAACCAUAAGAUAAGCUUACUACUUUCCCUCUUUUUGUUAAAGCAACAUACCUCAGCAUUUAAGCCAAUCAUGGAGAAUUCUAAAAUGACAUGCGUUAACCAGUGUGCAACUAUAACCCUAUAGUGAGGCGGCGUGAAGGUGAAUUCAGAUGCGACUUCAAAUCAUGGUCUACAUUUUACAAAUUUCAUUUUAAAAUUUCAGCACACUGAUUUGUCACUAGAUGUGUCACAGGCCGUAUCUAUUCUUUACUUUUGUACAGAUUUUAAUGUCAAUAUAAAAUGAUCGAUGUUUAUAUCAAAACUGACAAAUCUCCAAAGUCGGAACGUCAACAGCUCAGCAAACAAUUGUCACCAUAAAAAUGAUGGCUUGGUUCUUUUCUCUCUCCCCUUGAACCCAUCAAUGCCGGCUACAUGCGUUAUCCAGUUUUGUUAUAAAUAUUUGUUUGCAGAGGCAGAGAUGUCAUAUUUUCCCUAAACGUUUAAGCACCAAAAAGUCCAAAAAGUACCCGGUCCACUUUCACUUACCAGUUUACCCCAUUUUUUAAAUAUCACAAUAAAUCACAAUAAUUAUACUUAUCAUUAGUUACCAUUAUAUUAUUAUUGUUGUAAUUGUCAUGACUUGAUUAAUUAUAAUAGUAAUCAAACUGAAGAUUUUCUGGGAACGGGGUAAAUAGCAAGUAUUACUUAGUAAUUUUCCUUUGCGACUCAGCUCUUCUGGAGCAAUGCGUGUAAAAUCAAUAAAACAAAACCAGUCAACAGAGCAUACCUGUAUGUUUUCACCGGCCACAGAUUAAGACGGGCAAAUUACGACUCUUUAUACAGCCCUUAAUUUGCUAUCAAGUUUUAAAUUCUUUCUCACAUUUGUGUACUUCUCCUGAACUGAUCUUUUGUCUUUUCACAUGCUGUCUGUUUCCUAUUAAUGAGCAAGUAGAUUACCUGAUGCUUAUUUACUUCCUUCUCAGUGCUAAAGAUCUACGAAGUGUACAAAGUGUUGAUUCUGAUUUUCUGUAUUAUAUACAUAUGAACACCUUUUUUAUAAAGCAUAAGUUUGAGAUGUAAAUAAUAUUUAUUUUUCUAGCAUCUAGUGCAAGGAAUAAAAUUACCUUUGAAA